AUGUGCGGUCGUUUUGUUUUUGCAAUUCCUUUAAGUGAACUUUCCGGGGUUUUGCGUGCGUCUGGGUUUGAAAUAGACUCAAUUGAUUCGUCGUCUACAAAGUCCCCGACCUCGUAUAACUUUGCACCAUAUCAACGAGUCCCAGUUUAUCGUAUCAUUCUUAAGUUUGGACUUGACCUGAGUAUAAACACUGAGCAUGAAGUUUCUUACAUGACGUGGAGUUUGGACCCUGGGUUUAAAUCGAGUGGUAAUGCGAAUUCUCAUCAUUUUGCCACUUUUAAUGCUCGGAUUGAAAAAGUGGAAGAUCCCAGAGGGUUUUGGCAUCGCUUUUUGGAAAACCCACAAGAGUUAGAGUAUCCUAAAAACCGAUGUAUUGUUUUGGCCCAAGGAUACUACGAAUGGCAAGCUAAACAAUUAUUUGAGACCAAGAAAAGUACAGUCAAGAUUCCGUAUUAUAUACGACCCAAGGUAGUUGAAGAAAAAAGUGAGUCUGCUGAUGCAAAGACUGAAGGAAAAAUAAAAACCGAGAAGGUCAAGAAGGAAUCUGAGGAAGUUAAGGAGGAACAUGAAGAAGUCAAGAAGGAAUCUGAAGAAGUCAAGAAGGAAUCUGAAGAAGUCAAGAAGGAGUCUGAAGAAAUUAAGAAGGAAUCUGAAGAGGUCAAGAAACAGCUUGGAGACGUCAAAGAGGCCAAACUUGAAGAACCUGAGCCUGAGAAAAAACAUCCUGUUAAACCACUUCUUUUCUUUGCCGGAAUCUGUUACCAGAAUACAGUCUCCAUCAUCACCCGACCGGUUUCUUCCCCACUCGAGUGGUUGCACGAUCGUGAGCCCGUGAUGUUAACUGUGAAAGACGCCAAAGAAUGGCUCAAGGGCAAUAAUGAUGUUCUACACAACCCCACGCCUCCAUUGGAAGCGUACCGGGUAGGUAGGGCAGUUGGUAAAGUCUCUGAAAGUGGCCAAGAUCUGUGUCGGAAACUGACUAAAGAAGAAAUUGAACAAAGCGAUGAAGAAAACAGGAUUAGUGCUAUGCCUAAACGGCGACACAAAGAAGAGCAUUCACCUGGGGAAAAAAAACCAAAACUGAGCAACUUCAUCAAGCCAAAGAGUAAAUAA